UCGAACCGGUUGCUACCGUUUUCGAACGUGUGUCACGGCCGAUCGAUUUAAAUGCUUCCGAAUUCCGUGUCCAUGGUUUUCGCCGUAGCGAUUGAAUCGUGACGUACGUUUUCUGCGCGCAGUUCGAUGGUCAUCGAUCGAUCGGAGUCGCCGAAAAUGCUGCCCGGAACGUGAUCCGUAGCGUGAUACGCGUGUUCGUCGAUGCGGACGAUGAAUUUUAAGAGAAUUUCGCGCGAUCCCGUGACGGGAAGUUCGACGACGUAGAAGACGGGUAGCAUCGAUCGGAUUUUGGUGUUCUGCCCGAAGGAUUCUUCGUUAACCGCGCGCGAAGUGCACGGAAUAAGGCUAGGCGCUCGGUGACUUCGAUGCUCGCGCAGGCGGUAUCCCGACUCGUCGUCUGUGCUUCUGUGUGGUGAACGCACUCGGCGUGUUGCGUUAUUUGUCUGCGAUCGUUGUGCAAGAUAAAAGAAGUAUUUUUUGGUCGGAGAAUCCGGCUGGAGUGAAACAGUGAGUUUGACAGAAACCGAUCUGAAUGUUCAUUCGAUCAUCGCGAGUGGCGGCAGCAAGGAAGUUAACAAUCAUUCGGAGAGAUUAACACAAACACGAUAUUUCGGAGAAUAUUUAUGAAAUGGUUUUUAUAAUAAAAGAUGAAAUAAUUGUAUAGUUUCUCUCGCAGGUACAUUUUUCGAUACCGGUUUGGCGAGUUGACUAUUUUCAUCGCGGCAGUUAGCUUUCGUUUUCUAACAACAAAAUUGAUCGCAAGCGUUCGUUGACAGAGAAUAGAUCGCGAUCCCAAAGUGAAAUCAGGAAAUAUUGCACGAUUAAUGAAAUGCGUUGACGCGUCGGCACGCGAGAGCAAUUUUCUCUUUGUAUUUUGAAACUGUUACAAAUUUUUAUAUUUUUCCGAUGGUAUAAUUGCACAGAUUUCUGUAGAUCAUUGUUAGCGUGACCGUAGUGAAUUACUAUACUUUGUUUGCGGUUGACAGAAUACAGAGACGCGAACGCCGCGUGAAACAUGUUGUACCGUGAUGUCAAUGCCAGCGUAAGAAAGCUGCGACGGUUAUUAUUCGAGAUCGUUUGUUCGAUGCACUGUUACAUCGCUUUCUAUUAGAUAAAACAAGCGCGCGUAUUACGUCAACAUUUUUUCUAUUCGAUUACAUGGCUACGUAAAUAGCAGAUGAACUUGAAUUAUGCGAUGCUGUUCGUUCGAAUAUUCUUGUAAUAUUCUAUGCGCGCAUUAUACAAUUAUUCACCUUUUAUCUCUGGAAUUCGUUCGAAAAUUUCGGUCGUACAAUUUUCACGAAUUUUCGGGAAACGUUAAUUAAGUUUGUAGUUUAUUGUCGAAGGAACUCGAUGAGAUUCGUUUAUGAAACAAUGAUCGUUUGAAGAGGCACGGAUCUAAAGUGAAAAGAGAGCGAAGGUGAGUCGUGUAGUUUGUGACAUUGAUGUUGAAUUCUUAGCGAGAAAUAGUUGUCGUGUUAAAUUGAUUUUUUUCUGUGCGAUCGAAGUGAGUUUUCGUUAUUCUUUUCGCCGGCUCUGUGUUUUUUUUGGAAAUUCGAUUGACACAGUGUGUUCGGUGAGUGGUGUAAUUUACACUUGCGCGUGGAUUAUAAACAUUGGGAAUUUACUUUCGGAAGACAUGUAUGGCUGAUGCGUGGCUGGAAUGGCAGAAAAGUUGUGCGAGGCUGCCGCACGUGGCGACGCUGCGCGAGUUGCGCGUCUACUUGACGAAGAUAUUAAACCGUUGCCGGACGAGAAUGGCCGAACACCUCUUCAAUUGGCAGCAGCAGCCGGUCACGUAGACGUCUGCGAAACGUUUCUUCUUCGAGAAAUCGACGUGAACGCAGCCGACAAUACUGGCGUUACAGCUUUACAGAAGGCCGCCUCAGAAGGUCACUUAGAAGUAGUUGAACUAUUACUGAAGUACAAUGCAAGCGUCGCACGACAGGACACUGUGCAUGGAAAUUCAGCGCUGCACGAGGCGUCCUGGCGAGGGUACAGCCGGACCGUGGCCGCCCUGGCGAAGGCCCUCGGGACACAGCGUGCCCCUCUGCACGCGAGGAAUCUCGCCGGAUUCGCGCCGCUUCACCUCGCCUGCCAAAACGGGCAUAACCAAAGCUGCCGCGAACUCCUCCUGGCGGGGUGCAAUCCUGACCUUCAAAACAACUAUGGAGAUACGCCCCUUCAUACGUCUGCACGGUACGGCCACGCCGGAGUCACGCGUAUUCUGAUCUCUGCGCUUUGUCGAGUCUCGGAUCAAAAUAAAAACGGCGACACUGCGUUACACAUCGCGGCGGCGAUGGGUCGUCGAAAGCUGACGAGGAUCCUGCUGGAGGCUGGCUGCGACCGUAGCCUGCGGAACAAGCAAGGGGAAACGGCGAAGGACAUAGCCCGGCGCAAGAACCUGACAGAGAUACUCGAGAUAAUCGGUAAAGCGCGAAGCAAGAGCAGAGCGCGUAGUAAAAGCCGGGAGGAGGAGGCCGCGCCGGUAGACAAGGUCGACGGGAAGAGCAACAAGAGCGAGAAGAAGCGAGAGAAGACUGGUAGUGGUACCAGCGGGAGCAGGGACAGUUGCACGAAGAAGGAGAAAAAGAAGCACAAAUCGUCCGGCAAGCAGAACAAGGUCCAUUUCGAGAAAGCCGUGAUGGGUAGGCAGUGGUCCCCGUACGGGUGCCAUUACUACCCGGACCCGGAAGCGUUUCCGCAGCCGCGUUUGGACUCGCUGCCGCCGGAUCCGCUGGCCCGUGGAGAACAGUACUACCUGGACCUCGCUGGAAAUAUCAGGAAGGGCCCGGUGGGGGUGGGCUACACCUGCUACUGCGCGCCGUUCUUCAGGCACAUGGAGGCCAAGCUGGAGAGGGACAAAGCGGAGCUGAAGGCGCACAUCGAUCAAGCUCACGAGCGGCUCGACCUGAAGGUGGCCAACCUGGAAAGGAGGACCAGAGGACAGAUCUCCGAACUGACUAGAUGCGUGGCCGCCGAGAGGUCAAGGUGCGACGAGAGGCACACGCAUCUUCAGCAACGUUUGUCCCGCGGCGGAAGGGGCAGACACAGCGAGAGGCCAGCGAAGGCAUCGUUCGCCAACGAUCAGUCCCUUCCACCGGCUCGGGCCAGGUCACUGGAGGAUCUGCUGGACGACAGACCCCACGAUAGGAGUUUCGAGAUUCCAGGAGAGACGCCGAUACAUCGCGGCAGCUUGGACGAUCUUGAUAUACCAGCCAUACCUAGACUUAGCAAAUCCAUGAGAGAUCUACCUACGGGUUCCGGUAUCUCGAGGUCAACCUUGAGGGUGCUCGAUGUGCCGCCCAGGCUGAACGAAACGUUCGACGGCGUGAUCAAGCAGGAUCGCAGCUCGCCGCUCGGAGCCGCUUCCUCCCCGUCGAUCGGAUCCAGACAACAGGUUCAUCAGCAGCGUGACCCGUCGAGUCGGGAUCACGGGAUUAACUCCUGCCAAGAGGAAAGUAGCACAACGCGGAAGAGCGACGAUAACUUGAACGAAUGGAGGUCUUCCGGGCGACGUAGCGUUCACGAGAUGAUCAAGCGAUUUCAACAAGUGCCUGGCAUGCAUAAUGGCUGGCGAGGUACGCGUUCUGGAAGCAGCGAACCAACGAGCCCCGAGAACAGCCAAUGCUCCCAAAAUCAGAGGCUUCAGCCCCAGGGUGGCGUAGGAAACGGAUGGCAUGGAGAAGGUAAUGAUAGCGAGAGCAGCGAAGGAGACGAGGACGAGCAACCGGAAGCACUUAGCGGAGGGAUCACUGGAAAAGGAGUGAUAUCGGAGCACGUGCAUUACGACAGCAUAGCCAGAAUGCCAUAUAGGUCCCGUAAUGCGGUUUAUAGCCCGACACCGCCUUUGCAUGAUGCACACAAUGAUUCAGGGUACAGCACCCGCAUGUACGGCUCUAGCAAAGGUGCUUCACCCUCCUUGUCAGGUCAAUUGGAAUGCGAUGUGAUCCUUCCAACCGCAACGAACACAUUUCCUAGCGGGGAGCAACUAGUGGCGUUGUUAGAACAACCAAGGAACCACGAUCUCACGGUUUACGAACGCGGUGCCGACAACGUUGUCAUUAAUAUCGGAACCGCGAGCCUUGUUUAAGACUUUUAUCAUUUGAUCCGAGUAUCAUUAUAUUCACACUUCCAAAGACGCAUCAACUUUACAUAACUUUAUUAUACCUGCCAAGGUGUUCAUACGAUGACGAAAAUGUUGUGUAUAAAUGAACGUUGUCCGUUCUGUUUAGGUCAUGAUGUACAAAAUGCUUUUUGAUUAACAAAUUGUUGCGUUAUCAUUUUGUAAAUAAUAUGUAGUCGAACUUUAAAGCAUAAUAUACUGUAAGAAAUUAUAUGUCAACCUUGAAAUUUUCUACACUUCUUUUAUCGAUUCCAUAUUUAUUUAAAAACUAAAUAUUCUUGGUAUUUCCCCCAAAAAAAGAACAAAAUAGAAGAAGUUCUGUAAUAAUGGAAAAAUAUCGAAAUACUUUUUCUGAAAUUUUACUAAACAGAAAAGAAACUUAGUUACAUAAUCUUUUUGUUACUCUUAUUGUUGUAUAUUCUUCUAAGUAACGUUAGCGCAGCUUUUACAGUAAGUGUGUUAUGUAUCAGCAUAUUGCCAUGUACCACAAAAUUAGAAUAAGUUUUAUCUAUUUAUUAUAUACAUGUAUAAUACUAUGUACAUGAUUAUUUUGUUCACAAUAUUAUCACAUUAGUAACGAAUAUGUAAAUUUAGUUUCGCCUGAUUAAGUAGAUCUUUGUUUCUUCCGUUUCAAAACUGAAUGUAUUCUGCAGUGAUAAAUGCGAUUAAAUAAUUGAAAAGAUGAAAAACUAA